GACCUGGCUGAAGGUGAACAUGGGUAUCUUAAUUGCGUAAUGCCUAUUAUUGGAAUAAAUGUAACGCGGUUUAGUAUAGUCGAAUAUUAGUAGAGAGUGGUAGUCUCGUUGAAUUCGGACAUUCAGCCAAAAUAAUCGAUUCGAAAGGAAGUUAACGUAGUCGAGCAAUCGCUGGACGGUUUAAAAUGACGAUAUAAACACAAUUGAGUGCUUACACAAACGUUCCUGCAAUAACAUUGUUUGCAAACAUUACAAGUGUCUAUAUGAGAAGUUAUAAAUUGAUUGUGUACUUAAUAAUAUGCUUCAACCUUGGUGGAUAUAAUUAGACAAUGACGUAAUAUCAUGGAUUCGGAUAAAGAUGACGAUGGCUCGAAUUCUCAGGAGCCUUCCCCAGAAGCAGGUGCUGCGGCAUAUGUUUCUGGACAGCGUAAUAUCCAACUCCUGACAUCAACCCCCGAGCAAGCUGAAAGAAGCGUUCACUUCGAGCGAAGAGUAUGGACGACAUCGGAAAUAAGGCAAUUCGCACUUGGUCCCGAUGCUGGCGCCAUAAGUGUUAGCACAGAUCCAAGUGAAAGCCGAUAUGCCAAGCGACGAACUGUUGAGUUUAUCCAAUCGGAGCAGGAUAAUAGCGGCGCCUUGGACUGUACAGAUUCUCCAUCUACUUCGCUCCGCACACGACGAGUGAUACAUAAAAAACAAAUAUUUGUUAGAAAAGAUGUUCAUGAAAGUGACGGUAACGUAUCAACUCACAAGGUUUCCGUUGACUGGGACUGCUCCACACCACGUGAGAGCUGCUUCCAGCUAGACCCGCACUAUGCUAGUGAUUCAUCACGGCCUAAUUUGACUCCCUUACAACUGCAUACUCAACGUUUGUUGGGAUCCACGAAUCCUGACGUAACUAUAGAAACGACGUAUGGAGACGAUCCUGUGGCUCGUGAACGCAAUGUUUACGAAACAAAUGCUUCCAUAGUAUUUCAACCGAAUGCCGAUACACCUAAAAGAAAAAGAAUUGCGUUCGUUAAAGAAGGGAGAAUUCCAGGAAAGGAAACUUCUAUAACUGAAACUCAGGUUGCCGAUGGCAAUAGAUAUCAACAAACCCUGCAAGACAAUAAGCCCAAUUUACGCCCCGAGUUGGACAGUAGUUCUACGGAUAGCAAUCGCGAAGGCAGUGCAGAAUUGAAUACCCCCGAAAAUGUGUGGUAUAGUGAGUUCUUGAACCAUUCCUUGCAUAUAAUGAGUGUGGGACGGUUUGCACGGAGUAAUUCGCAAUACGAUAAUCAUAUUAAGGAAAUUAGAGAGGAACAAGAGAGAGUACAGAAAAAAACGUUCGUGAAUUGGAUCAAUUCCUACUUAUCAAAGCGUAUUCCACCACUUCGUGUGGACGAUUUAAUAAAUGAUCUUCGAGAUGGUACAAAACUUCUAGCCUUGUUAGAGAUACUUUCUGGAGAGAAAUUACCUGUAGAGAAAGGACGCGUUUUAAGACGUCCACAUUUCCUGAGCAAUGCCAAUACAGCACUACAAUUCCUUGCAAGCAAAAAAAUUAAGCUGGUCAACAUUAAUCCAGCGGAUUUAGUGGAUGGACGACCCCCCGUUGUACUUGGCCUGAUAUGGACAAUUAUUUUAUACUUCCAGCUACAAAUUAGUAGGAAAUCAAUAGCUAGUCCUGAAUACACUUCAUUGAUUGAGGAAAAUAGUCGAGCCCUUGAAUAUCUUAGUCGAAAUAUAAGCGGAUCGGUGAGCUCCUUGGAUAGUAUUACUCAAGGAUCCUCGUCGGCCACAGAUACAAAAGCAGAACGCUGGAAACAAGGUGCUAGGAAAACUUUACUACAAUGGGUUACAAACGCCCUUCCAAAAGAGUCGGGUGUUGAGGUACGAGAUUUUGGUGCUAGCUGGAGAGACGGUGUCGCUUUCCUGGCACUUAUCGAUGCAAUCAAAGCCAAUCUGAUCAAUCUAGCUGAACUGAAGAAAGCAUCAACAACGAACCGAGCCAGAUUGGAAACCGCUUUUGAUGUUGCCGAAUCUAAAUUGGGAAUUACAAAACUUUUGGAUGCUGAAGAUGUAGACGUUGACAAACCUGACGAGAAGAGUAUAAUGACAUACGUUGCACAAUUUUUACAUAAAUAUCCUGAGCCCAAGGCUACAAGACAAGACGCGGAAAUGUCCUUACAAGACCAAGUGAUAGAUUUACUGAAGUGGCUCAGGGAGCAGACGAGCUACUAUGAGCCAAUGGCUUUGAACUUCUCAUUUCCCAAUGACUUUGGGUUGUAUCUGAAAGCAAAGAUAAAUGUCAAUGAUCGAAGUGUCCUAUAUAAUAAGCUCCACCACUUGGCCUCAAGUCAGAACUUCAGCCAAAUGCCUAAGAAGACCUGGGAAGAGAUCGACGAACUAUGGCAUUUGUUAGAUACACAAAUGUUGAUGUGGCUCUGGUUCCUAGACAUGAAUUUGCCUGGGGACUUUGGAGAGAUUGGCAAGUGGUUAAGCGACGCAGAGAAAUUGAUCAUGGAUAGGGACCUACCAACAGCUAUGAAUGAAGAGACAGCGGCGAUUAUUAGCCGUAAAUUAGAAGAGCAUAAAGCCUUCUUUGCUAACUUACCAAGAAUAAUUGAACUUUUUGAACAUGCCAAAGCCUCUCCACUGGCGAGUCAAAUUAAUCCAGAGCAGCUGCGAAUUAUGGAGCGUCGACUUAAUGAGAUUGGACCCAAAGCUACAGAGAGACGAGUCAAGCUUAAGUUCCUGGAGCAUAAAUGCUGCUUGAUAGCCUUUUUGAAUUUAGUUGAGCACAAACUGAAAAAUUGGAGUGGCAAGUACGGCUACAAGGAGCAAACCCAAUCGAUCUUAGAACAGUAUAAGAACUUCGUGUCCAAAAAUAAGAUAUUCCAAGAAUUCAACAAAGCGCUAGUCGACAUGCAGCAGGUGGUUGGCGAAUACAAGCGUGACGGCAACAUAUCCAGAAAUGAGAUUGCCGAAGUAGAUAAAUUUAUGAAUGAAACUGAGGAGCGCUGGAAGCGUACCUCCAUGCAGUUGAAAUACUGUCAAAGCACAUUAGAAGAGGUCAUAGCUUGUUGGGAGCGCUUGAUUCCACUAGAAAAGGAUUUCGUUGAAUGGCUUGAAAAAGCAGAGAAAAUGCUGGGCGCUCCUGAAGAUGACAGACUGGAUUUCUUCCAAGAUAUUGGCCUAUGGCAAACCAAAUACAGCCAACUUUCAGAUACGACAAACUAUUUGAUAGCUUCCUGCGAGGAUCAGAUCGCUAACGAGCUUAGAGAUAAAUUGCGCCAAUUGGAUACGAGAUGGCAGCGCGUGUUCUCCAAUACAGGACACUACAUGCACGCUGGUGACACCCUUCGUGCUCGUAAGGAAUACAAAUCGGGCAUUGAGAAGCUGAGCAGCUGGUUAAGACAUGCUGAAAGGAUUCUCGCUAUGCAACCCUUCGGGGACAUCGAGCAUAUCAAACAGUAUGGUGGCGAGCUACAGCAAUUAUCCGUCGAAAUUGAUAGCAUGGAGGAGUUAUUCAAAAGUAUCAGUAGAACCUUUCAAAAAAUCAUCCAAAACUUAUCACGUGACGAAGUGGAUAGCAUGAUGGACACACUGAAAAAAGAGAAGGAGGCAUUAGUUCGCGUCCGCACCGAAAUUCCAGUUAAACUUCAUCUAUUCCACCAACUCCUUACCCAACAAGAGUCGCUGGAAAGUGGCCAGAAGGAGAUAAAUCAAUGGUUGGACGAAGCCGAGAACAUGCUCGCCAGUCAUUCACUUUCAGGUGGGAAGAAUAAAAUCAAUGAAAGGCUUCAUGCGCACAAAACAUUCUUCUCGCGGACAUUCUACUUCAAAUCGAUGCUGGAGAGCAAGAACAAAAUCUUACGUAACCUGGCCCAAAGUGUUGAAGGUGAGAACAAGGCUUUCCCAAGUGAGCCUGCCAAUAAAAUGCAGCAACUAAACGAACGUUUCGACUAUGUCACCAAACAUUCCCAAGAAUGGGAGCAAAAAAUGCAGGAAGCCAUUCGUUGCUGGAAUCAUUACAACGAAAGCGAGCGACUCGUAUCUGAGUGGCUGUCGCAGGCUGAGAUGUUGCUAUCCGACAGGCACGUCCAGUACAAUGAGGAAGAGAAACGCUUCCUUGAGGGUGCUAACCAAAGGUGGAUAUCUGACCUAGUUCAAGCUGCUAAUGAUCUUCUGAAAUCCGUCCCAGCCGACGAACAACAAACAAUUACCCGAGAUGUCGAGAAAAUCCAGUCCAAAUGGCAGGAUGUAUUGCACAAAAUCCCUACUCAUCUAUUGAAGAUGGAAUUCCGAACUAUUGAAAACAAAUUCUAUGAAAAACUUGAAGAAGCCAACAAAGAGAUCAUCCUUGAGGAGCAGGCGCUCAGUCGUAGUGAGGAUGUUGACUCAAUCCUGCAACGUAAUAUGGAGUACUUCAGCCAUGAAUGGCAUAUUACAAACAUUGAGAGACAUCUGGACAGCAUGAACCGUCUCUCCACCACAUAUACUCAGCGAAAUCCCCAGGACACUUCGCUUUCCGAGGCAUAUAAGCAGGCUGAAAGUGUUCGUAACAAGAUGAGUCAACGCAUUGAUGAUAUUCGCAGGACCUUGCAGCAAAUUCCAGCCAAGUGGGACUUGUAUCGUGAGAGGUUCAGUGAAAUGGAAAGCUGGAUGGAUAUGGUUGAUAAGUCAUUGAAGAAUAUCGUGAACGAAGUCAACAGUUUCGAGGAAUUCGAAAAGGAGAGAGUUGUAUUUCAGAAAAUUUGUCACGAUGCUGAGAAUAAGCGUGAAGAUAUGAAGUGGUUAGUGAAGACUCUAGACUCGCUUCUAUCUUACGCAACAGAGGAGGAAUCUGCCGUGGAGCAAAAGAAAUUGGAAGCUCUCAUAAACCGAUACAAAAACCUGAUUCCAACCAUCGAAAUUACAAUGGUCAAAACAGAAGUCUUCUCCAAAUGCUACACCUACAGACGUGAAGUCCAUGAAGUCGUCUGUUUGCUAGAAAGAGUUCGUGAUCAAACCGUAAAUGCUCCACAACCUGACAGCCUGGAGAAGGUGAACAGAAUGAUUCAAGAACAGCAAUACGCUAUCGAUCAAUUGGACCAUCAACGACCACAUAUCAUGUCCAUGUUGCAAAGAGGAAAGGACCUCAGUAAAGACGUCCACGCUCCAUCGUUCAUGCAAGAUAAGGUCAAGGAGCUAGAAACUGGCUGGAACGAUACCUACACUGAAACUGUCGAUCAUCUGAAAUCACUCAAGAGUACACAAGUUGUUUGGAAUGAUUUCGUUGAUCAGCAAAACAGUAUUCUGGAUAUCCUCCGCAAUGCUGAAACUGAGCUUCGAUCCAUCACGCCUUUGCAAACAGAUCCAAGGAACGUUAGCACUGAUUUGAUUAAAAAGAGAGAGCUUAAUGCUUCCUUACAACAUGCAUCAGUGGAGCUACUUCCGAGGUUCCACCAACUGAGUGAACAAUUAAAGCCACUAGCAGCCAUUGACAAACGACCAGCGAUCGCCAAAGAAGUCACUGAGCUUGAGAAGGUAUUCUUCAAUACAAUGGAGAAUGUGAAGGAUCGCGUUGCUUACUUGGAAGACUACAGUGCUAAGUGGAACAGCUACAAAUCUCGAUUGGCUGAUCUCAAGGAGUGGGCAAGUCGAGUGGCACCCAAGAUGAUUCAAGAAAUGCAGGCUGAAAACCUAAUGCCUGAGGAGAGGGUAGUCAAAGUCAAUACAUUCCGUUCAAUCCUUGCUGAGAAGAUGAAGCAAUGCGACGAUCUAGGAGCCAGCGCAAGCGAACUGGCACCAAAAGAAGGCAACAUGGCGGAAGCGAAACGCCUCAAGAGUGAAAUCUUCAAACUACAAGAAACUUUGAGUGCCAUUAACCGCAGUGUUGACUCUCAAUCACAUGCUAUACAAGAGGACCUGCUGCACUGGAAGAAAUAUCAAGCUGAAAUCCAGGAUGUUAAGCCCUUGGUUGAGAAAUGUGAAAUUGAAGUUAUCAAUAUACCAACCAGGCCGCAGUCGCUUGCAGAAGCUGUACAACUUCAACAGCAGGCGCAACAGUUUGAAAACAAUUGCAAGGCACAACUUGACCGUUUGCAGCAUAUCGCGGUGAUUGGUCAUAAGAUGACAUGCAAAACAAAUGCACCGGACGAACUCGAUGCCCUCCACUCGCGUUGGGUUUCUGUACAUGAAAAUGCCAAACAAGCUACGACAAAACUUGAUAAACUGGUCGUCAAUUGGCAAUCCUUUGAUGCCGAUGCCCAUAAACUGCAAACUUGGCUGGAUAAUGGAGAGAGGCUUAUGGCGAAACGGCCUUCAAUUGUCAACACCCCACAUGUUGAAAAACUAGAGAAAGAGCUAGUCAAAUUGAAGUCCUACAACAAUGAAAUUUCCGAGCAACAAGCCAAGCUCAUUGCUCUCAGUCAACAUGGCGACCAUAUUGCGUUGAACCUUACCCCCGAAGGUGCUGUUCAAGUCAAGGAGCGCGUUAACCAAAUGAAGGCCAAACUCAAUAAAUUGUCGGAAGCAACUCGUGCUGAAAUCAACCAAGUUUCGGAUGCUAUCAUGGAGAGACAAGAUUUCAAUGCCAAGAUCUCGAACUUCAGUGAUUGGAUGGACCAAAUCCGCGCCCAAACGGGACAAAUUUCUGAAAUUAAUCCAGAAUCGGUAGAAGCCAAGUUGCUGACUAUUCAUGCACUUAUGCAGGAGCAUGGAGAUAAGAGGAAUGUCUUCAACGCAAUCUAUGAAGAAGUGAAGAAUCUUUCGCUUGGUGCCACCCCAGAAGAAGCCCAUGCACUACAAGAUUCUUAUGCAACACUGGUGAGUCGCUUCCAGGAUCUAGACAAUGAUCUUCAGCAGAAGAAAGCUUCCCUUGAGAAAUGGAACGAACUUCUCAGCUGGAACAAUGAAACUGAAAAUCACCUCAACCAUUUGCGACAACAGCUUGAAAAACCGGGCAAAAUCGACAGCUCUGUCCUUAAAACCAUCGUGGAGGAAGUCGAGAAUAUCGAGAAGAGUAUUCCCUACUGGAAGGACUUAGCGAGAGAGGUUGACAAUAGUCAAGUGCUUCAGCUCUGUCAUUCGGUAAAUCGUAAGCCUCUGAGCGCAUUGCAAUGCAUCAACGACUUGGAAUGUAAAGUGGAAAAUUUGAAACUAAGAACUUGCAACCAGAAACGCGCCAUUGAUGACAUGAAUGAGCGAAGGACCAAGUUUACCGAUCUGCAAAAGGUCCUGGCUCAGCAACUUGUUGAAAAUCAAAAUAAGUUGGAUCAGAUACUACAAUUGAAGCCGAAUAUGUCGAAUAUUGAUCAGAUCAUUUCCGACCUGAUGACUUUGAACAAUGCGAUUCAGAGCCAUGCAAACCUCAAGGACAAAAUCAACGACGAAGGAACUGUCCUCAUGCGAGAUGAUAUUGAGAACAUGCCUUUGAUUCAGGAGACUUUAUUAGCUCUGGAUAAAACUUGGAGUGCGCUUCAACAGGAGAUUAAUGAUCGUAUUGAAAAGUAUGGUCUCCUCAGCCAAGCCCUGAAGGAUUACGCCCAGUUGAAAAACAAAUUUGAUACAGAAAUCAAAAAGGCUGAAGACAUGUACAACACUUUACCCACAGAAAUGAAGGAUGAAACCGAAUUGCGACUGGCAGCUGAGAAAAUCAGAAAGAUCCAAGAACAAGUGAGGAAAGGAAAGGUCCACUUGGAUGAUAUUGACCGCAAAACAACGAGCAUCGGAAGACUGUUCGAUAUGGUCGGUGAAGUAGUCCCUGUUGAGAUUCAAUCAGAAGUGGACCAAAUGAAGACUCAAUGGCAAGACUUGCAUGACAAAGCCACCAAAAAGGCGCACGUCUACGACACGCAGUCUGUUAUUUGGAAGCAAAUCGAAGAUGCUAAGAACGAAUUGCAAUCCUGGCUCUCUGAUACCAAUCAGUCCCUCUGUGACGCUGCCGAUAAUACAAUUGAAAUUGAGUCUGGUCCGAUGCGCCUCACUAAAUACAAGGCCGAGGUUCCGACAUACCAGGCGUUGAGGCAGAGCGUUUUAGAGAAGACUGGAGAGUUGGCUAGACUUAACAAUAAUGCACCAAUACCGGUGCUUACAGCCCUUAAUCAAUUAUUGUCUGAACAGUUUGCUGAAGUCAUGCAUAAUGCCGAUCGCUUGGAGUCUGUUACGUCCUCAUUCAACGAGCAAGAAGAGGAUCUUAGAAAGAAGAUCAGACAAGCCGGCGAUAAAGUGGGUGAAUUCAGAGAGUUGUUCAAUAAGUACGAUGACAUGUCUGGGGAUAAUAAUCAAGUGAUUGAACGCUUACAGCAAUGCCGAAAACUCAAAGCAGAACUAGACAAUUCUGGAGAUGAAAUUGAUAACUUAAGGAUACGCGUUGAUGAGAUGAAAGCCGUGUAUCCAACUUUCUCUGAAUCCAUAAUACCUAAGGAGCUGAAUAACGUGCUGAAACGCUAUGAAGGCGUUGACUCCUAUGCUAAGAAAAUUGAAAAUUCACUUCUCCAGUUCUUGAAAAAGUUCCAUGGAGACAAAGCUGGUAUGGUGAAGCGAAUGAUCGUUGCACAGAAAGAAAAGAUUGCUUGGUGCACCCCAGAGACCACAAGUGACAAGUAUAACCUAGACGUAAAGAAAUCCUCUCUCCAGGAAGCACAAAAGGGCUUACUUGAAUGCGAAGCAAUUCGAGUAAAUGUUGCAGACUCUCUGAAGAAUUUGGAGAAAAUAGAUUCCCCAGAAAAUGUUAAGGCUCUUCGUGCUGAAAUGGAUAAGAUCAAUGAAGAUAUCGAUAAGCUUCGUUCGGACUAUGACCAAAUCAAAUCAGUCCUUGAUGAAAACGUUGACUUAUGGAGUGAAUAUGAUACCAUCAGUGAGAUCAAUUCACUUUGGUUAAGGGAUAUAGAGGGCAAGAUCAAAUUGGAGACUGCAAACCAGAUAGAUUUACCGCAAGCUGACAAAAAGCUGGCUGACCUGGCCGCUUUGGAUGCUGACAUCAAGCAGCACAAACCAGAAAUUGAGAAGUUGGAGAAGAUAUCGAAAUCGUUGAUGGAGAAAAAUCCUGAAGCUAGGAUUGGACAGUUCGUUGGACACUUGGUGACGCGCUACCAAAACGCUGGUAAAAACUUGAUUGCGCAUAUCGACCGGGUCAAUGCGCUGAAGAAGGCUAACAUCGAGUAUCAAAAUGCUGUCAAGCACUGCGCGGAUUGGUUGGAUGACGCGAAGGUCGAGUUCAUCGAGUUGGCUCGUAUGGGAUCACCUGGUUCAAGCUCAGCGACCGCUCAACAGUUGCAGACAAUCAAAAACUUUGUCAACACUUUCGAAAAUGGCCAAGCGCUCCUGAAUAAUGCCGUCGUAAUCGGUGAAAGCUUGUUCCCGAUGAUCGCGGUGGAGAACAGGGAGAAAAUCCGAAAUGAUUUGAGAAAAUUGCGUGAAAACUUUGACUAUCUGGUUGACGAAGGAAAUGCGCUUCUUCAACAGACAGAAUCUGUUCUUAUUCAAAAGACUUCUGUCGAUGAAAGUUACGGCCAAAUUUCGAACUGGCUGAAGCAAAGCAGCGCGAAGUUGUCCAAGGAACCUGAACUCUAUCCUACCUUGGCUGCUAAGAAACAUGCACUACAGAAUUAUAAGAUUCAAGCUCAAGAGAUUGCGUUGCAUAAGAAUGCUCUUAAACAUCUUAAGGACAAGGCUGCAAGUUUGGCCGAUGACGAAUCUGAAAGGAAAGCUGAGGAAAGUAUCAAUGAAUACGAGAAACUGAAUAAUGAGAUCAACAACAGAAUUGAGACGCUAGGAAAAUAUAUUGUCAACCACGAAGCGUACAACCAAAUCCUGGAGAAGGCACAGGAUUGGCUUAACACAAUCAAAUCUGAGGCGCUUGACAUUCUCAGUCAGACUACAUUUGAAAAAGAAGGCGCGGAAGAGAAAUUGGUGAUUGUAGAAAAUUUGAUUCAGCAGAAGCCUGAAGGAGCUAAGAUUUUUGACGCAUGCGAAAAGCAACUCCAAGUAGUCCUUCAGCAAACACACCCAAGCGGACAUCCUCCACUAAUCAACAGCUUCCAGGAGCCAAAGAAUGCAUGGCUUGAAUUCAUAACAUUAUGUGAAGAUUCGCAAGUGAAAUUGAGCCAGUUGUGUACUAAAUGGGAUGAGUUCGAAACAGUCAUUGACAGCAUUGACACUUGGUUGAAGAACGCAGAAGCAAUCAUUAAGGACCAAAGUCUGAAGAGCACUGUGGAGACCAAGGAAGCUCAUUUGAAGAAACUCCAUGAUUUGUCUAAGGAAAUUGACCAGCACGCUCCUACCAUCACUGACCUAGUGAAUCAAGGGAACGAGAUUGAGAAUGAAACUGAUUUGCACCUGAAAUUAUCUCGCCUCAAUACUCGUUACCAAGCCUUGAAGAACAUGUGCAAGGAGGCUAUCAAUAAGUACGAAAACUACGUCAAGGACCAUAAGAACUUCAAUGCUGAGUAUGACAAGUUCGAUAAGGAACUUCAAGCAAACAUAGAAGAUUUGGCGAAGAACAACGAGAUCGUAGGUGAUCUGGAUGUUUUGCAAGAUCGUCAGAAUAAAAUCCGGGACAUGUCAGAGAAACGAAUUGCCGACUCUUCUGCAUUUGAAGCCAUUUUGGAUCGUGGUGAGAAGUUAUACGCCCACACCAGUCCUGACGGCCGAGAAAUCAUCAGACAACAGUUGAGGAACUUGAGGACUAAGUGGGACAAUUACACAGAUGAUUUGCACUCAGCAGCACAAAAACUUGACCAUUGCAUGUUACAAUUCAGUGAAUUCACUAUGACCCAGGAGCAACUCAGCAAGUGGCUCAAGGACAUUGAGAAGACAAUGCGCACUCACACAGAAUUGAAAACUACCCUCCAAGAAAAGCGCGCCCAACUGCAAAACCACAAGUUGGUACACCAAGAAAUCAUGACCCAUAAUACAUUGGUCGAUAGCGUUUGUGACAAAGCCGGAGUCUUGGUUGAACAAACGAAGGAUACAUCGUUGAACUCGUAUCUCCAAUCUAUCAAGGAUUUAUUCAAGAACAUUGCCGAGAAGUCGAAGAAACUUCUAGAUAACUUGGAGAAUUGUGUGGACGUUCAUAGUCAGUUGAAUAACAUGAUGACUGCCGCAAAGUCCUGGAUAACAAAGGAGAAGGAGCGUCUUCUUGAAUGCGAUGACACUUAUGGUGAGAAGUCUGAUAUUAACAGGAAAUUAGCCAUUCUGAACGAUAUGAUGAAAAAUAAGAGUGAAAUUGAGAAGCUGCUCAACGAUAUAAAGGAGCAGUUCAAAAUCGUUCGGAAGAGCACUUCACCAGCAGGAAUUGAAGCUAUCGAGAAGGAAAUCGCCGAUCUUGAACAAACAAUUACAAGUCACUUCCAGGAUGUUGAAGGAAUUGAAAGAAAACAAAAGGACUUGCUCAACCAGUGGAAUGACUUUGAGAAAUCCCUUGAUGAACUUACGAAGUGGUGUCGCGCUAUCGAGGGCGUAUUCCGCAAUCAACAACUUAAAUCCACCCUCGAAGAGAAGCUCGCCCAACUUACCACCUAUAAGGACGAACGUGAAAAACUUGCACAGAAGGAAAAGGAGGUAGAUAAGUUUGCAGACAAUGCACACACUCUCCUUAACAAUUGCGGUGCAGAUCGUGUAAAGACCUUGGUAUCCCAAUUAACCAAUCGCUACAAUCUCCUACAAGUUCUCAGCAAAGAAGUAGUGAACAGAUGGCAAGCACUGUCUGAGGACCACCAGAACUUCAGUGACAAACUUAAUGAGUUUGACCUUUGGCUUCAAUCAAUCGAAAAAAAUUUGGAGAACGUCACUAAAGAUGACUCCUUCAAUCCUGACCUUCUACAGAUUUUGGUAUCGGAAUGCGAACAAGGAGAUGAGAUGUUGGUAUCACUGGACGGCUGGUUAGAUAAGGUGCUGCCCGAAACAUCGACCGCUGGCCGAGAGGUACUUCGCCAGCAAGAAAGAGAUGUUCGUAGUCGCUGGGAAAAGAUCACCGAACAAAUUAAGGAUCUCCAGAAAUUGCAACAGACACGAGCAACGCAAUGGAGCAACUACGAAGAUAUUCUACGACAAACCUUGGCAUGGCUCGAAUCUGUCGAGAAGACUGUUCAGAACGAGGUGCCAAACACAUGGACAUCUGCCCAGGAAAUACGUUCCAAGCUAUUGAAAUUUAAAGCAGUCAAUCAGGACAUAAACUCACAUAAAAGAAUUCUGGAAAAUGUUAAUGAAAAGGCGAACCGAAUUCUGGAAGGUACUAGCCCAGGUGAGGACAGCAAAGUGAAAGCAACUCUUGCUGAAAUCGGUGACCGAUAUAAGAAAGUUAGCGAAGAAUGCGCGAAAAUACUUGCACAACUUGAAUCCGCAUUCGACGUUUACCAACAAUUCACUGACCUCCAAAAGGCUCAACAAGACUAUCAGAAGAACCUUUGGGAUCGCCUGGCAAGCUUCUCUGACUAUUCCGGAAAUAAGCCAGUUUUACAGUCACGUCUAGCAAAGGUCGUAGAAAUUCAGGACUCACUUGGUGAAGGCAAAAGAAAAUUGCAAGAGCUCGAUGAUUGUAUCUCUCAAAACGUGAAUAUUAUUCCGCCCCGAUCGCAAGAGGCGAUGAAACGGGAUCUAGCUAAUCUCGAGAUGGACUUUGAGAAAUUCACGAUCGCUCUUAAUGACCUCAAGAAUGGAUUGGAUAAUCGCGUUCGACAGUGGAAUGAGCAUGAGAUUAACUUAGACCGGCUAAUUUCGUGGUUAGAAUCGACAGAGAAUGACCUGAAGAGCUAUUCGCCAAAGUCAUCUUUAGAGGAGAAACAGGAGCAGCUCAACAAGUUCCAGAAUCUUAUGACCAACAUUCGACAAAAUGAGACAGAGUUCGAGAAACUAAAAGAAGAGUCAUCUGACUUGAUCCAAAGCAGUGGCGAAACUAGGAUUUCCGCAAGUGUACAACAAGUCUCGUCCCGAUUCCAAUCAAUCCACGCCACUGCAAAGGAAAUUUUGAGAAAGUGUGAACAAGCGUUCCAUGAUCAUCAAACCUACGCUGACAAAUACAAACAAUGUUCCGACUGGAUCGCCACUGCGCAAGCUAAAUAUAAUGACUGCUGCUCUGACAUAGCCAAUGGAUCACGAGAGGUCCUCCUGAAGAAUCAAUUAGCCAUUCAGGAACUUCAAGCUCAACAGGACAGUGCGGCUUUGCUACUCAAUGGAGCCAUUGAAUUUGGUGAGAAGUGCUACCCAACGACCACAACUGAGGGUAGCGAUAUUAUUCGGACUGAAUUGCAAGGACUGCAGGAAGCAUUCGACCAUUUGUUCGAUAAUAUGGGAAGUACAUCGCAACUCAUCCAAGAGAAGCUCUACAAGUGGAGCGGCCUAGACGAGAUUGCCGAAAAGUUGCAAUCAUGGCUGAGUACAUUGGAGCCCCUGUUGCCAGCUGAAAUUGAACUUAAAACGACACUCGAUGAGAAGCGGGCGAAGUUACAAUCUUACAGGGAUGUUUUCAACGACAUUCAAAAUCACAAAUCUGAAUUGUCCCAUUUGCAAGAUAUAGUCGGAAACCUGCCUGAAAAGUUAGGCCCCGUUGAAGAACAACUUAAGUCGAUCACUGAAAACUUCAACAAGUACUUCAAUAGAGCCAAAUCUUACGUAGAUAAAUACGAAGAAUAUGUGAAUGAUCAUCAAAGCUACUCCAAAGCUGUUAUGGACAUUCAAGAGUUCAUUGAGGCCACCCACAAUACUGUUGACCUGUGGGGUGACUUGGAUUUGGAAUGUGUAUCCUUGCAUACCAAUCUGGAUCGUCUAAAGAAUCUUCAAGCCAGUCUUUCUGAUGAAUACCCCAGAGUAACUCAAGUGCGCAUGCUAGGCGAGAAAGUUAUCCCUGGAACAGUUGAAAGUGGAAAAGUCAACAUCCAAUCACAGAUUGACAACACGCAGCAAGAAUGGGAAGGACUUCUGUCCACCAUUGAAUCAGUCAUGGCAUCCAUUGAAACCCGAUUGCAGAACUGGAAGGAAUAUGAAGCCCUACGUGAUCAAUGUCUACAAUGGAUUCGUGAUGUGGACAACACACUUCAUGCUAUUGACUUGAAACCCACAUUGCCUGACAAAAAGGCCCAACUUGAGGAAUUGAAAACACUGCAAGGAGACGUCCGCGCCAAGGAGCUGGAGAUUGACAACGUAACUGAAAAGGUGCAGCAGCUUCACAAAAAUCCUGCAAACAUACGCAACUCACACCUUUCAGAGCUUGUUAUGAAGUACCAGCAAAUAUCACACAAGGUCAAGGACCUUGUCAAUCGUUGGCAAGAAUACGUUGCCACUCAUCAAGAUUUCAAUAAUGAGAUGGAUCAGACAGCUCAGUGGAUGGACAACAUUAAAUCGAAACUCGACUAUUGCUCUGAUCUAAGUGCUACCUCCCAGAAAGAUUUGGAGAAUAAACUGGCUACAAUCCAAGGACUGAUCUUACUCAAAGAUGAAGGAUCAUCUAAAAUCCAGCAUCUUGUCGAACAUGCCCAAAAUGUUCUGGCUAACACAGCACCACAGGGACAUCCUGAUAUAAACAAGAGUCUAGCAAAACUCCAAGAGGACUGGUCGGUCAUUGCUCUCCGAAUGGCUGAUAUCAAGGCAAACUUGGAUGAUUCAAUCAACCAAUGGAGCGGUUUCUUGGACCAAGUUCAAGCCGUCAAGAAAACCAACAAUUGGCUUGAGAAUGCACUGAAUGAACUGUCUGAGUUCCAGACCACCAUGUCCGAGAAGCGCUCUCAAUUAGAUCGCAUCAAGGCAGUGGAAGAGAAGGUGCGCGUUGAAAAGAUUGAAGUCGAUGCUUUGAAGGAACAAGCGGCCGAGAUGCUCAAGAGUACCCAUCAAAGUCAAGCAGCAUUCCAAGCUCAAGCCAUCUUCGAUGAAUUCGAUCAAUUGUCAGAUAAAGCUAAGAAACUGCUUGCUGAAAGGGAAGAACAAUAUCGUGAUCACAGACUCUACAAAGAAGCCUAUGAUGACCUCAGCAGCUGGAUAGGACGCGCACGUGAGAAGUUCCCGUCUCUGAAACAGAGCAGCUUAAGUGAUAAGUUAGUAAUUGAGAACGCUGUUGCUGCCACGGAAGCUCUUCUGAACAAAAAGGCUCAAGGUGAACUUCUUGUGGAGCAUUUAAUCCAUACUGGCGAAGUUGUUUUGGCCAGUACCUCUCCACAAGGCAAGGACAUGAUUCGGAACGAUAUUCGCUCGUUGCGAGAGAGCUUCGAGGAGCUCUUCCGAGAAAUCAUCCAGCAAAAGCAAUCCCUCGAGGUGACGCUAACCCAAUGGCGCACUUACAAGGACGAAUAUGAUCGCCUGCUUGAAUGGCUUCAACAAAUUGAUAUUCUUGUGAAAAAUCAUAAAGUCAACUUGCUACCAAACCUGCCCGAAAAACAAAAGCAAGUAGCAGACAUGCGUGAAAUUUUGAACAAAUUAGAGAGCGGUAAAUCUAAGAUUGAUGAUUUCAACAAAGCAGCAAGUUCCUUACUCACCUCACAUUUGGAUACCUAUGUUAACAGCCAAUUGCGACAUUUGAACUCGUUGUACCAAGUCCAAGUUAACUUGGCUAAAGACGUCCUCAAGAAAGUUGAGACCAACUACGAACAGCAUAAAGAGUACGAGACGCAUCUUAAAAACGCUCAUGACUGGAUUGACCAUGCUAAGGAAGUCAUCCGUGCCUGCAGUGAAUCUUCAACCGCCACUUCCAAGGACGAAUUGCUCCAACGUUUGAACCAGAUUCAAGACCUAAUCAAGAAGCGCGAUGAAGGACAAAGUUUAGUCCACAUGACAGUCAACACCAGCGAGAAAAUUUUGCGAAACACACGUUCAGAUGGUCGUGAAGUUAUCAACACACAAAUUAGAGACCUUCAAAACGAAUGGGAACGCAUCAUCAAGAAAAUGUCUACUGCCAAGGUCCACAUCGAGACGGGUCUACUCCAAUGGGCCGACUACAGUUCAAGUUAUACCCAAUUGCAACAAUGGAUCACCGAUCGUGAAGCUAAGCUCCAACAAGCCUGCGAGCAGAAGAUUGCCAAAUCAAAGAAAGGACAACCGGGACUCAUCAGUGGGCUGAGCGAAAGGAAGGCUAAUCUCAGACAGACAAAUAACAUUGUCCAGGACAUUGUAUCGUUUGAGCCUAUGAUUCAAUCCGUCACGUCAAAGGCAUCUGACUUGCAGCAAGCUUUACCGGCCAGUGAAAUUUCAACCAAAUACGAGACUCUUAGCAAACAAGCCAAGGAUCUCUACGAGAAGCAAAAGGAUGCAAUCGAUCGUCAUCAAGCCCUUCUCGAUGCUGGAAACGAGUUCGCCCAAUGGCUCCGUAAUGCUAAGGAGCGUUUGAGCAAGUGCUCUGAACCUACAGGAGAUAAGGAGGAACUAGCCACCAAAACGUCCCAACUCAAAAUCCUUGAAAGUGAAGCACCAGAAGGUAAGAAAAUACUCGAGAAAGUUUUGCAACAAGGCGAGAUCGCAUGCCGUGUCGCUGAACCUGAAGAUCGUGAGAUAAUUGAAGAGGAAGUAGCUAUUCUACAGGAAGAAUUCGAUGCAUACAUGGAAGCCUUGAAGAAUGCCAAAUCUUACUUGGAAGUUGGCAUUGUGAAAUGGACAGACUACCAAGAUCAGUACGCCGAAGCCUUGGAAUGGUUGACGAAAACCGAAGCAUUGGUGCAAUCCUACACUAAAUUGCAAGACAGUUUGGCACAGAAGAAGAAUGCAUUGGAACAAUUCCAAGGACAUUUGCAAACCCUCUUCGAUUGGCAGAAGGAACUUGAUCGUCUUAAUGUCAAAGCCCAAACACUGUUGGAAACUUGCUCCGAUACCCGAAUCAGUAACGGCAUAACCCAAAUUACCACCAAGUACAAUGCACUUCUUACAUUGGCGAAGGAAGUUAUGCGCAGAUUGGAGCUCCAAUACCAAGAACAUCAACAACACCAUGCCUUGUAUGAAGAAUGUCAGACAUGGAUCGAAAAAACACAAGAAAAACUCAACAAUUGUGCAGAUAUUCCCAACACUCUCAGUGAAGUCCAAAUCAAACUCAGUACCGUCAAAGGAAUCCGCCAAGGAUUCGAGCAAGGUCAAAAUAAGGUUCGUUAUCUUAUGGAACUGAAAGAAAAGGUUGUCAUCAAUACAGAACCAAAUGGCGCUGCCAAGGUUCAAGAAGAUACCGACACCCUGAAACAAGACUUCGAUCGACUACUGGAACAAAUCAACGAAGUAAGACAAGCGCUGACAAACCGUGCCGCCCAGCUCGAAGAAAUCUAUAAAAUUUACAAACUUCUCUUGGAAUGGUUGGAUGAAAUCGAAUCUAAUAUGCCAAGCACUGAAGGAUAUCUGAACGACCUCAGUGAAAAACGUCUAGCUUUGGAAAAAUUCCGUGGCAUUCAGCGCGAUAUUAACAGCCACAGCGACGCCAUCGAGAAGAUUAAUGCCAGAUUGGCCACAGAUACCACUCUCGAUCGAAUGGAUUUCAGUCAAGGAUUGACUAAAUUCGAAAAUCUUCAAGAAACCGUUGGCAAAGCUGUAGAGAACCUAGAAAACCAAGUCAACAAUCAUGAGAAGUACAAACAAGCCUACCAAGAAAUCCAGGAUUGGUUCCGCAAGACUCGACUAGAAAUUGAGCAAUGCUCCGAUUGCCAUGGUGAGAAGGACCAAGUCACAGACCGUUUGGAAAAACUCAAGGAGAUUGAAAGGUCUCUUCCUGCGGCUAAGUCAAUCUUUGACAAUGCCGAGUCCUUGAGUCAAAACGUCAUUGCCACAAGCGGUAGUGAAGGCCAAGAUAUCAUUGCACAGGAGAUCAAACAACUACAUGCUGACUGGGAUGCCCUUCAAGUAUUGCUGAAGAACACUCAGAGGAAUCUGGAAGAAUGCCUGGCAGCAUGGGCCGAUUUCCUCAACAAAUAUUCCACUACAAACAAACGUAUCGAAUCGAUGUUACAAUUCGUCCAGAAGGAAUCUGAGCCGGAGUCAAAAAUGUAUCAGGAUUUGGCCCGGUGCAAGAAAUUCCUGGACGAAGUAUUGGCUGAAAAGGACGCUGUUGAAGGCUUGAAUGACGCCUGCGAAGCUCUCAUGGAACAGAGUGCUUGUGUUGGGGUUCGCGAUCAAGCCGUUGAAGUACAGGCCAAUUAUACAAAACUAUUGACUGCAGCCCAAGGUCUUGUUGCGAAGGCUGAGAAGAACUUGUCAGACCAAAGUGACUUCCUUCAAUAUAAAGCAGAAAUGGACAGCUGGAUUCAAAAAGCAACCGAAAUUUUGGAUGGCUGUGCUGUCGGAGGGGAUAUGCAUAAGGUUCAACAAGAUAUCGACACGCUCAAUUCACUGAGCAACCGUCUUCCAGAAGGUCAGCAUCUGCUUGCCAUGGUUCAAGAUAGCUACAACAAGGCCAUGGAUACCGUGCCUACUGACAAACAAGAUGCAUUACGCGAUCAAAUGACAACUUUGCGAAGCGAUUGGGAUACCCUCAAUUUGAAUGUUAAAGAGAAACUUGCAGAUGCUCGACGAACUCAGAAUAGUUGGACAGAAUUCCUUGCUAACAAGCAACGCAUGGAACAAUGGUUGGCUGAGACUGAAAAGGCUCUUGAACCCAAACCUGAUACUAAGGGUGAAUUGAGCGAAAUGAAGACCCUCCUUGAACGUUAUAAGGCCCUCAAGGCUGAUAUUGGACGAAAAAGUGUUGAUCUUGAGUCAUUAGCCAAUGAUGCUAAAGACCUCAAUGCUGACCAGGACGAAAUCCGCAUUUUGCAAUCAAAAUGGGAUAAAGUAAACAACGAUUGUAACUCUAGAAUUAAUGACAUUGAAGCUGAAAUUGACGACUGCUCAUCAUACCAUCAAUCUCUGCAAGAAGUAGAGAAAUGGCUUCUGCAAAUAUCCUUCCAACUGAUGGCUCAUAACUCCUUGUAUAUUUCUGACCGUCAGCAAACAUUGGAACAAAUCAAACAGCACGAAGCAUUAUUGGGUGAAAUUCAAAAAUACAGGACAAACUUAGAUGAUCUUAACGCUAAAGGACAAAGACAGAUUGAUCGAUACAAGGCAACACCAAAUAUAAAAAAUACAAUCGAAGAACAACUCAAAAAUAUACAAGAAAGUUAUGACUCUCUGUUGCAUACUUCCCUAACGAUUAAGGGUCGUCUUCAUGACUCCUUGGCCAAGUUCCAAGAAUAUGAAGAUACAUUGGAUAGUAUCAUGAAGAAUUUGGAGGAGUAUGAACCGAUUAUCGAGUCAGAACUUGAUGCACCGACUACGAGCUUGCCUAUGGCAGAAGCACAAUUGAAGAAGGCACAGGAAUUGCAUAAUAAACUUCAAAUGGAAAAAUCGAGAUUAGCGGCAGCAGUUCAAGCGUGUGAAGCAGCGACAGCUUCCAUCAGUCGCCCCAGCUCACCAUUGGAAGCUAGCAUCCAUCCCAUUCCCGAACGCGAGCUGACCGUGAGAGCAAAACUUGAAGACCUUAUUGACCAGGUUCAGACUCACCUCAGUGGAUUAUCAUCAAUAGUUGGGGAAUUAGAGCAACAGAAGAAGCAUAAAGCCGAGUUACUGGAUUGGGUCAAAAAGCAGCAGAACGUUGUGUCUGAUUGGUUAUCGAAGCCAAGCAAACUACGCCCAGAAGCCGCUAAACAGGAGUUAGUGGCAAUGACUGAUAUCCUCAACACGAUUGGAGAUAAACGUACGGAACUGUUGACCAGCAUGACAGGAACUUUAUCUGACGAGGAUACCAGUGACAUCGAACAACUAUUGGAUAAUCUCGAGACCGACCUAAUGGACGCUAUCGCUAAAAAACAAAAUGGUCAGAACGUCAUCGACGCCUACCGUGAUAACCUCCAAGCAAUUCAGAAUUGGUUUGACACUCUUGUCAAACGAAUCGAUGUUUUCGAUAAAGGCAGUGGCCUAACAUGCGCACAACGACUAUCUGCCAUACAAGCAAUCAAAAACGAGUUCCAAGACGAUGGCCGAAAGAAAAUUGACGAAUUGAAGCAAAGAGCGGCGGAUGUGGCAAAUAUCAUAAGCAACUUAGACGGACAACAGGUGGAAGAACAGAUGAAAUCCAUCGAAAGACGUUAUGCUGACAUUGACAAGCGUAUCGAUCGCAAGACUCAACUCUUUGAUGCCACGAACAGAGGUGUAGAGGCAGCGAAGGCUGAAAUAGGUCAAAUCCAGGAUUGGGUCAAGGAAAAAAUGACUGAGGUAGAGAACUUGACACCAAGUGAUCAUAGUGUCAAAGCAGUUGAUGAACUCCAACAACAACUGAAAGGAAUCCAGAAGGAAGCCGAAGCCAAGCAAAAUCUCACAGAGACCCUUGAAAAACGCGUUUCCAACAUGAACCACGAACUAGAACCAAUCGAAUACACUCAAUUGGAGUCAUCCUUACGAAACUUGAAAUCAUCACAAAAGGAUCUCAACGAUCUACUAAAACGUAAAAUGGAAAAAAUAUCCGAGGCAGCUAAACAUCGCAAGGACUUCGAAGUUGAUCUCGAGAAAGUCAAGGCUUGGUUGAGAACCAAACUAGCUGAGGUCCGAAAAGCCUCUAGCUACUACCCACUCACUUCAUCGGGAAUCGCUGAUGAAAUUCAGGCGAACAAGAAGUUCGAUGAAGAAGUUGUGAAGUUCGGUGAAGGUCCUUUAGCGGAAAUCAAACGACAAGUUCACAAUAUCCUGAAAGAAUGCCCAGACGCAGUCGAUAAGACCCCUGAGAGCCUUCUGGCGAGUGUCGUCGACGAUUUUAACACUCUGAAAGAAGAAAUUGCCAACAAGGGAAAAGCCCUGUCUGAACUUCUCGACACACGCAAACAGUUCGAAAAUGAUUGCAAGAAGGUUGCUGACUGGCUUAAUGAGGCUGAACCAAGCGUCGCUGGGGAGAUUCGCUAUACCAAUCUUCCAGUACUCGAGGAGCAACUCGCCAAGUACAAAUCUUUGGAGGACUCCGCUAAGCCUUGCGAGAGCAUCUUAACACAAAUUGCAGAGCAAGGAAAGCUAAUUGCUCCCACAGUGUCCAAUGCUGAUAAGCUGAAACUUGGUGAUGAGAUUAAGAACUUAAAGGAUAGGUUCAGCAAAGUAAUGAACAAAAUCAAGAAUGGCUGCAAGACCAUUGAGGAUCAAAUUAAAAAGAAGAAAGCAGCGAAGGAGAAGUUCAAUGAAUGUGUUAAGAAUUUGGCUGCUAUUCAAAGUCGUCUGCGAGGUCUAGAAAAGCCAGUUGGAAGCAAAAUCGAAGACGUUCAGGAAUUGUUCAGUGGUUACGAACAAAUUUUGAAAGAACUCAAGGAUAACAAGAACAAGAUGAAUGAUUUGGAUGUGAAUGACCUCCCUGAAUUACAAAGUGUUCUCGACAAGCACGAUGAUCUGAUUAAGCUUAUUGAAGAGCAACUAACUCAUCUCCGACAACUUCUCCUCCUUCGGGAGCAAUUCAUCACUCUCAUCAAUGAAAUUAUCGAUUUCAUAAUGAAAUACACCGACAUCAUCAACGAAAUUGAACAAUCUCCUGCUACCAUCGAGGAGAAGAUCAACCGAUAUGACGAUAUCAUUGUGAAGAUUCAAGGUUGCGAAGGGUCCUUGGCGACUGCAACUGACAAAGGUCAAAAGAUUGCCUCAGAAGGAACAACUGCAGACAGAAACAGCAUCACCGAGCAACUUCAAUCCUUGAAAAAUCAACUGCAAAAUCUGAGACGUUCUACCGAAGCUCAACGUCAAAAACAUCAAAACACUUUGGCCGAACACUUGAGCAUAUCUACGGAACUGUCAGCACUUUUGGACUGGCUGCAUGACAAUGAAGGAACAGUCAAAUCUCGACCACUCCUCGAUCGUGACCCUGAUUCCGUAGAGCAUGAAAUUACUAAACACAACGCUUUAGCCAAGGAAAUUGAAGCACAUCUCAAAAAGGUCGAAAAGGUUUGUAACAAAGCUGAUUCUGGAAUGCCAAGUUCUCUACUAGAAAUGAUGUCAGAAGCGCGCUCACUUCUAGCAAGUCUCCCAGCUGAGUUAGAGGAACGAAGCAAAUAUCUCACUCUUAACAAACAGCUCCGUUUGGACUACAUGACCCUCGUUUCCAAGUUCAAUGCUUGGGUUGAUGAGGCUGAAAAUCGUCUCCAGAAUGCCAAGCAUGGUGUGAACUACGAAAAUCUGGUGAAGGACCUAGAGGAGCACAAACGAUUCUUCGAUAAUAAGGCAUCCAUCAAAGACUUGGUCACAAAGAAAAUUCAAGAAGCCGCUGAUAAAAUUUGGCCAUCAUUGAAUAAUAUCGAACAAGAGGAACUUGGACGGGAAACUCGUCGCUUUGCUGACACUCUGAAUGACAUUUUGACUUCAGCGAACUCACAGCAGUCUCUUAUGGAGAAGGAGGUCAAAUUGUGGCAGCAAUAUCAACAACAAUGCGAUAAAUUGAAGGCGUUUAUCGAAAGCUCGAAGGUUCCCGACGAUUCAAUUACGAAUGUAGCUGGAUUGCAGUUUAAUAUUCAGAAGAUCACCAAGAAUUUGGCCAACAUUCAGAGUCAUCACGGAGACAUCGAUUCUAUCAAUCAGCUAGCUCAGAACCUGAUUCGCCAAGCGGACUCCCGUAACCGCACUGUUAUCGAAAAGGAAAAUCUGGCCCUGAAUCAACUGUGGACAGACCUAGUCGGCGAUCUUGAGAACCGGCUCGAGUCCUUCACUAACAUCGCCGACCUUUGGAGAGAGUUGGAAAAUAAGUUCCAUUCGUUGGAAAAAUCUGCAACUCGCCUCGAGGAGAGGGCUAGGCAUGUGGAUCUAGUCGUCCGGUCUAGGAGGCAAUUGGAAGAGACAAAGAAUGCAAUUCAGGAAAUCAUUGUUGAAUUCGAAGCACAGAAACCAUCGUAUAAGGAGGUUGAAGCGUUAUCGCAAACUAUUCUCAACUUUUUGGGGAGCGAACACAAGGUGCCAACAGAGGCCAUACAGAAGAGAUUAGGAGAAUUAGCCGCACAACAAAAUCGACUAAACGAUUUAUUGAAGGAAAAAGAGAGCAAAACACUAAAGGAUUUGGAAUAUAUUGAAGCGAUCUUCAAGAGGAUAUCGACACUGCAGGAUACAUUUAACGCUCUACUAGAGGAUCUGAACGAGAUCAAUGUUUACGACGAGGACCUUAAACCUAUUGAGAAAAAAUUAUCUGAUUUUAAAAAUAAAGCAGCCGAAAAUAUACGUGAAAGCAAGAAUUUCAUAGAGACAACACAAAAAACAUAUACCAAGGAACAGAACAUCGUUCCGUCCGAUAUAUCUCAAGAAUUAGUAGCGUUAGAACUAUUAGCCGAACGCUUACAAGGAGCCAUGGAUGAUAAGGAGAAUGAAAUAAAACGGGCCAGGACGGUGCGUACGGAAUAUCUGACCGCUGUCGAUGAAAUUCGCACAUGGAUACAAAAAACCGAGGUUAAAAUAAAUGACAGAACCCUAGAACCAAUCAAACUCCGAGAAAUUCUAGGCGAACUUAGCCAGGAAAUAGAAAACGCCUAUGAAAAAUUGGAAAGUGCAAAGGCCAAUGGCAGAGUGAUAAUUGAAAAUAGUCGUAGCCUAAAUGAAAAGGAACUGGUGGAAAACACCUUGGACCAACUAACACAACAAUUGAGUCAGGUGCGAACGUGGUUGGAUGAAAGGAAACAAUUGGCUGAUGAUAGUUUGGAUGCAUGGACACGUUUCUUGAAUUUAUAUCAAAUUGUGAUGACAUGGGUGGCAGAGAAGAAGAACUUCCUAAAUGAACCUCUUACACUGUCAACCCUGCCUGAAUGUCGCGAGAAAUUCGAUAGUUACUCGCAUGCCGUUAAGAGUAUCAAACCCAUUGUCAAGCAUCUGAGCGAAAUGGAUAAGGAUUUAGAUCGUAUUAUUCAAGUGACUGCGGCGGAUAGUCUUAAGGUUAAAUUGCAACAGGCUGAAGAAGCAAAGGUGUCUGUGGAGGCUGUGUUAUUACAAAGGCAUGCCUUGUUGCAAGAAACGACUGAAGAAUGGGAUCAAUGUGAGAAGAAAAUCAAAGAUAUUCGAGUUUGGGUCGACAAGACCAAAACACUAUUAGAUUCCCUACAACAAAAGAGAAAACCCCUAAGAGAUCAACUAGGAUACUGUGAAAAAUUACUAUCCGACAUCAACGCACAGAAGACAAAACUCUCACUAUCUAUUGAGAAAUUGGAAGUACAUUUCCGUUCUGGAAUCGGUGGUGAUGCACGUCUAAGCCAAAACGUUGACGACGUCCUAAGAAUACUAGACGAACUGAGCGCUUAUAUUAAAAUUAAAGUUCAAAAUUUAGAAAGUGUUCUUCAACAAAUUGAUGUUUAUCAACAACAAAUGCAAUCUUUAAGGCAUAAGAUAAUUGAGGAGGAACAACAGUUGAGAGCCGUAAUGGCACCAACAUAUUUGCCACAUGAUCGUGAGAAGGCAAUGGCUGAACAACAGAAAUCUACUGUCCUUCAGGAACCAUUGUCAGAAGAAAUAGAUGAAUUGCUCAAAUCGCUAACAUCAUGCGAAGAAGGGAUUGAUAAUUUGCCCAAUGAAAGUCUUGAGAAAAUGCUUCAGGGACUUAAGUUGGUUUUGAAGAACCUCGAAUGUCAUCAAACAGAAGCAAAACGAUUGCGUAAAGAAAGUGAAAAUGUGCUGGAAAAUCAAGACCUUCAGCGAACUCUUCAAAGAAUCGAAGAACGAAUUCAUAUCUUGAUUCUUCGUACACAAGAGGGCAUUGUAAUGCUUCAGAAAACAAUGGAUAAGCAAGAACAAAAACGUUUGAAUGUAAAGAGCUAUCAAGAUCAAUUGGCUGCAACUGAAAAUUGGAUUCAGUCAAUUGCCGACGAAUUAAAAGCAGAACCCGUCAAAUCUGAUAGCGAUGAAAGCGUAAAGCAGGAGCUUGAAAAGUAUUUACAAUUUUCUCAAAAUAUUGAGGAAAAAAUAAGUACACUGAAGGGUAUUGCCGAUAAUGUACGAGAACAAAGUAAGCACGAGGAUACGAAGGAAAUGAGCGAAAUUCUAUUGCAGCAAAUAGAGAAGACCAUUACUUUGCUCACUGAAUAUCUCAUCAUCAUUACUGAGAGGAUCACAUAUACAACCGUCAGAAUUAAGGAAAUGGAGCUUGCACGAACUCCAGUUGUUGAGGAGAAACCUAAAGAGAAAUUGCCUUCUCCGGAACAAGUCAAAGAGCCCGAAAUAAUUCCACAAAAAGUCGUCGUACCUGUACAACAGGCUCUUACAGAGGUGGUCCAAACCGUUGACACCUCCUCUCAGACUCAGAAACCUAAGGAAAGUAUUUCCAUUUCGCAGACAAUUGAUGGUGGUAAAGAAACUAUUCAGAUCACCACUAUACCAGACGACGAAGACACUACCAGCGAUACGUUCGUCGAAACAGUCCACACUCAAUCCGUCCCAGAUGAUAGCACUCAAACUUCAGAGAUAAUACUGAAACAGACACCCUCAUCUGUAGAAACAACAUUCUUAGAGCCAAGCAAAUCAUCCACCGAGGUAGUCAUUGAUGCUGACGGUACAAGACGAGUCAUCAUAAAGAAGGUAGUUGUGACCAGUCAACAACACGUCCAACACCGAAUCCAGCAACAGUUAAUUACCGAAGGACAGGAGCCAGUGGUAACUGAAACUGUCACAGAGAGUGUAGUGCCUUCUACUCAGCAAUUUGAAUUCACACCUGAAACUAUGGAAUUAACAGAAUCCCAACUGGCUCAGUUGAAUCUUCAAACCAAUAUUCAAACAGUCACGCAGCACGUCGUUAGGAAGGUGAUUCGCAAGAAACGUCGCAUUAUCAAACAUGUCGUUAUUAUUGACGGCAAGGAGCACGUUACUGAGCAAGUUAUUGAAGAACCUGAUGAGGUGACCGUGGAAGAAGAUUCCUCGGAACCGCAAACGUUUACUAGCACCGUUGUAGUUGAAGAACCUAUUGAGCAGACGCCGAUUGAUUCCCAGGAGCCGCAAACCCCGUCAAUAGAGAUCCAACCAAUUGUCUUAGAACAAGAGAAGGUUGUCGAGAAAAUCAUUACCGAAACCUUACCGGCAAAACCCAUUCCGCAGGUAGAUAUCGUUCAGACAACUGUUGUGAAACCUCAAGAGUCGGUAACUUCGAUUAUUGAAAGACCUGAAAAAGACGUGAGGGAUGGGUUGGUCCAGCAGGAAGAGCCCAGCGAGCAAGUUGAUGCAGUUACUUCACACCAAACGAUCGUAAUCAAAACUUUGAAAAUUGAGGAUCUCCCAGCUCAACCAAUAGAAUCUCCAACAAUUCCAGCGGAAAUUGUUGAAACCCAACAAGUCAAAAAACCUGAAGACGAACCUAAAGACACCACUACUUCCGUAGAGGUGGAGGAGCAGGUAUUUGAUUCUGAACCAGCACGAGUAGAGUUGACUGCACCAGUAGAAGUAUCACAGACUAUUAUUGCUUAUAAACCUCACGUUACAGAUGUAAAAACAGAAAAUAUCGAAGAAAUAUGGCCAAUUGGAUAUGAAUUGGCAAUUCCAAAUGUUCGGGUCAGUGAAAGUGAGGCACCGGUUACCGAUGUACAGAAAACAUUCAUUCCUUCAGAGGAUGACAAGGAGCAGAAGGACAUCUGGCCUGUCAAUCAAGAUAUAGGUUCUUCCUUCGAUCUGAAAAUUUAUGAAUAUGAACAAGAGAAACAGAAGCCAAAAGAACAAUUGGUCAUAGAAGAGUCAGCCGUAGAACAAUCGAUCAUAGAACAACCGGUCGUAGAAAAACAACCUUCACCACCUUCGGAGCCAGCUACCAUUCCCGCUGAAAUCGUAGAACCAAUCGAGCUAAAGAUUGAAGAAGACAUUACUCCGAAGGAAGAAGUUAAAAAGGAAGAACCCAAACUAGAUGAUGAAAAACCUGUAACUGAACCGACUAAACAAAUCACCGAACUAACUGAAACAAUCGAAAUCAAACCAAUUGAAAAACCUGUGGAAAAAGAAUUACGCGAUGCAGAACAACAAACCUCACCGCGCUCCCCAGACCAUCCAAAGCCAGCUGAAAUUAAACCAGAGCCAAUUGAAAUUAAGCCACCAGUCGAAUCAAUAUCGCUUCAAACAAGUAUUGACCUGCCAUCCCUGGAGAACCAAGAAUCUCAAACAGUUAUUGAUAUUCAAGAAAUUCAAACCCAAACAACUCCUAGAGAAAAAUCUCCUGCAGAGUCACUGGUCGUCCCUGCUGCAGAGCCGAAAGAUCUUACAACAACGGAAAGUCAAACUGAUGUAUCACCUGUGCCGAGUGUCGAACAGGCUAUUCAAGAAUCCCCAGAAACAGAAGAAAUAUCAAGUCAAACUGUUGUGGUGGAGACGAAGGACAAAGAUCUCCAAACUUCUGGCGGGGUAGAAAUCACCAUCGCUGAUGUGGUAGCUCCAGUUGUAGAGAAUAUCCUACAGUCAGCAGUCACUAAAGUUGAAGUGGAUUUGGUGAAGAAGAACAGAGUUGACCGAGAUGUUUCCACGGAUGUCAUUCCUACCACUGAUAGCACAGUUCAGGUGUCUACCAUUGAAGCUGAACCUGUGGAUACUGAAUCAUCUGAACCACUUUCGAGCGAAUCAUAUGACAUUGAAGUUGAAGGAACCAUAAUGAUGCCACCCUCUAAAGAAGUCCUCUAUGAAUUUUCUAAGAGUGUGGAGAUGCCUAAAGCUCCAAGUGGCGAAGAGAAAACGGGAAAAUUGCCAGAAGUUAGCAUUAGCCUUGAAAUCGAUCCUCAAAUAGCUGCACAGCUAAGCGAAGGAAUAGAAUUAGGCGAGGAAAGUAGUCCUGCUAAGCCAGAAGAAAGGGAAACUAAACCAGCUCUAAGCGAAAAGGUGGAGAAAGUAACAGUUGUAUCACAACAGUUCGGAGAACCUCAAACAAAAACCAAACAAAAGAACAUCAGAAGGCCAAAAUCACCUGUUCUGAUUGAGGAAGUCCUAUCGCCAGUUGAAGUCACUCCAGACGCAAUUGCAAGUCCACAAUUUACCACUUCUGAAAACUUGUGGAUGAAUUUAGCUAGCAAAGCACCUAGCGGUAGUGGAGUAACAACUGUCACGCAGUAUAUCCAACCUGUUUGGACUCAAACAAUUGAUAUCAUCAAUGAAAGAAGUCGACACUUGAAAAACAUUUCCAAACCACGUCACCUUAGUAGCGUUCUGCAUAUUGCAACCCUUGGAGAUCAUAUCACAGAAGAGCCCGUCGAGAAUCGCAUUCAAACCAUUGAAUCCGCGCAGGGCGAUCUCAAGGAAGCUAUCGCAACUCAGAAUAUUACAACGGUUGAAAGGAGUGUCAAAAUUAUCAUCGAGCAAGUGUCCAUAUGGCUGGAGACCAUUGAAUAUCGUUUGUAUCUAAUCCGUCAGCAAUCAAGCGACGGCCCCAGUGAACAAAAAAUGAUAGAAUACGAUAAACUGAACCACGAGCUUGAUACCAUCAAGACCAACAUUCAGAGGCUCGAAGGUGAUUUCAAACAAACACAAGGCAUUGGCGACGACAGCACCAGGGACAGCAUCGCAAACUGCAUUCACAGUCUCAAUGAACAAUUCAAAGCGAUUGAGGACACCACAAAGGAAAAUAAGGAGCAAGACAAGAGCGAUCUUGAGAGGUGGAAUGAAUAUAUUUUGCUGAUUGAGACUACCAAAAUCUACCUGACCGAGAUACAAGAGCGAUACGAAACCUUAAUUUUCCAAGACUCUACUUUCGAGGACAAGUUAGCCAACUUGGAUGACUUGGAAGCACGGAACCAGGAGGAAAAAGAGAAGAUCUCGAAGCUCCUGAACUCAACGAGAAGCUUCAUGCGAGACUUCCCUGGCAAGAAAAUCCCAGAGUCGAUAUACGUUGCCUAUGAAAAUUGCAUAAAUAUUGAGAAGAACAUCAACCUCGAACGAGAAAGGGUGCUCCAGCUGCAACAAUUGGCUGAGGACUACGAACAAACCCUGAAGGAGUUUGCCAAAAUUAUACUCAUAGCAGAUCGUUUAGUCGAUGGUACUGUCAACAAUGCGUCAUUGGAGCAGCUUCAUGAAGAACUGCAAACACAUCGGAAGUUCUUCGUGAAUUUGAAUCACUGCCGUGGCAUCCUGGAGUCUCUGGAAAGUAACAUCGAUAAAGAGACUAAGGAAAAGCAUGCAGAGCUCCAUACCGACCUAUACAACCGCGCUACAUUGAUCCUGGAAAAGGCAGCUGACCGGGCACAAAAACUCGCUCUAGCGGCAUCCAGAUGGGCCAUAAUAGAAAAGGCUAUGAAGGACGAACGUCAGUGGUUGCAAGUGGCCCAACAACGUGUCCCUGACCUCUCUGCCGUCACUUCAGCCGACUAUGAUCGCUAUGCGGCUCUAUACCAAUCCUUGAGCUCUGACAUUUCAAAUCAUCACACAAACAUGAUGCGAAUUUCAAACAUGUCUCACAAGCUUCAGGAUCUGGUUAGCGCGCCUAGUCUGAUUGAGGAGAACAACGAAGCAAUAAUUAUUUUGCUGAAACUUCGCGAGGAAGUUGCAUUGUAUUUGCGACGAAUUCUAGUCUUCCGCGAAACUUGGACACGGUAUGAAAUGCUGGCUGAACGCCUGGAGAUCUGGAUCAGAAAUGCUGAACAUGAUUUGAAUCAAAUCAAUCUGUCACCUGGACAACUACCUAUUGGAAAUUUGAGACAGUUCUGGGAGAUCAAGGCUCAGUUUGAACUACACAACAACAUGCGCAUUGAGGCUAGUAACAACUUUGAAAAAUCCCUGCAGGUGAUAUCGCUCGCAGAUGAAGUAUUGCAGCGACAAUUCCAUGCUCAGUUGGAAAAUCGCUGGAGUGGACUUGCUGAUAGGAUUGAAAGUAUUCAAAAUUCCAUAGUGGACAGUAUUUCGUCACAAGACGUUCCUGUCGAUGAUAAGCUGAAUCUUCUCGAACGUGAAUUGGAAGAAAUCCUUUCCGCGAUAAGCAGCGUGAAGGGUAUCAUUAAGAACGAGGAGGAGCUUGACUUGUACAUCGAACGCAUCCAGGUCUUUAACGACCGCGUUGGUAUAAUCAGCAAUGAGUUAGGACGUGUUGGACUACAUCCAACAGCCGAUCCUGAGAAGGUUGGCAAACUCUUUGCUCUUUCUCAUAGGAUCUCGUCCACAAUUGCUGAGGAGGCAGAAGUGUCAACUGUCCUCAAGGAUCGUUUGAACACCAUUAACGAGGGAAUCAUCAAUAUUCGUAAGAGUCAAAACAACAUGUCAAUAUUGCUGGAUGAGUGUGAGAAUGCCGAGAAACUGGAUAGUACUGCUAUUGAAAAGGCAGUGAAUGAGUGCGACGAAAUCAGAAGUGCGCUCGGUGGUCAAUGGCAGGAAAUUAUGCGUUUGAGACAGUUGCUUCAUACGUUGCCAUUGCGUCUUCGGGUGUCAGUUUCACCGGUGAAACUAGAACGCGAUAUUUCACAACUACAAGAUGAUUAUGCUGUCUUGGAAUCGCGUUGUGGUAAUAUUGGAGAACUAUUGAAACAUCGCUUGGAGCUGUGGAAUAAUUUCAAUCGACAACUGGAAUUAGUGCAACAGAAUGUCAGGGAAACUGACUUCAUGAUGGAAGUAUUGCAGAUUCAUGGACAUGUGGAUUAUGAGCGUUUGAGGAAAGCUACAGAGCGUCUAGAGGGACUAUCCGGUGGCUUAGAAGAAAGUGCAACGCUUUUGGAAGAACUCAAAACCCUAUCGAAACCUCUCAUUGAAACAUGCGAAUCACAAGUUGCUGAACAAAUAGAAAACCUCGUUCAGGAAACUUUAACUGCAUGGAAUGAAACUUUCGACAAUUUGAAUGCACUUUGCUCUAAGUACCAACGUGCCGUCCAGCUAUGGGAACGAUACCGGGAGGCUUCUGCAGCAGUCAAGAAUUGGUCGGACCAACAAAUGGAAACUAUUGAUGAAUUAAAGCAACCGUUGGAAGCAUUAAAAGAUAUCCAGAUGCGCGAAGCAACUUUAGCUACUCACAAUGAUGACCUGAUGAAAUUGAAAGAAAUCGCCAAUCAAAUUGCUUCGAUAGUGGGUACAGAAGCAUGUAAUCUGCUAUCCGAUGAAAUUGAUGCGCUUGGUCGACGACUGAAAAAUAUUCAGGACAGUGCUGCUGCCCUGAAGGAUACUGCAGAACGUCGCGUCGAAAAUGAGAAUCAAUGCAAUGAAGUAGCGACGAAAACGCAAGCCUACCUGACAAACGUACAAAAGGAAAUCCACAGUCCGAAACCGAAAGACUCUUCCAGCGAACAACAGCUUAGUGAGUUGCGAGACCAACUUUUCGCGCUCUCCAAAACAGAGGAAAAUCUGAAAGAUUUACGAGAAAAGAGCAUCUCCUCAGAAACGCUAGAUAUCGAUCCUAUUUUGGAUCUCUGGCAAACGAUCUACCGUGAAACAUUUGAAGAGUACCAAAAACUAUCCUCUCAGCUGCCAUACAAUCAGGACAAACGAGUUCUGGAUCUAUUGAAGCAAUAUCUUGAAUAUGUACAGUCAUAUUUAUCCACAGAAAUACCUGCCGAUUACACCAGAUUGAAAGAGCACCGUCAACUAUGUGAUGUUCAUGAAAACCUACUCAGUAGCCAUAAGUCACUCCUGUCAAUGCACAUCCAAAUGGUUUGUGAAAAACAAACCGACGAUUCUCUUCUGGAGCAAUACCAAACGCUAAAUAGUCGUCACAAUGAUAUCCUUUCCGAAGUAACGCAACGCAAGGAGGACAUAUCCGACCGCAUUGACGCUUGGAGAACCUACCGCAAAGAGAAAGCAGCACUCCAGGAAUGGAUCAAGGAACAAGAGAAACAAAGAUCUAAACUACAAUUCCACUAUGUCCAAAUUAAGAGAAUUCCAAAAAUACUACAACGGCUUCAAUUGAUGUUGAACGCCAUCCCGACUGGAGAGGCCAUGGCCAAGAAACUGCAGGACCAACAGGACAAUUUACUGUCCACUAGUGAUGAUGCUUUUGCUACUUCAGUACGAAUGGAAUACAACACGAUCAUCCAAAGAAUUAACAACUUCAGGACCGCUAUUGAAAGCUGGAACAAAUACUUCGUAAGAAUUGUGCAGCUCCUGAAGAGCUACGAGGUCGAAAUAGGUGCAAUUCAGUCACAAUUCAAGGACCUUCAAACAUUAAUUGAAAAUAUAAACACCAACAUGCCUACUGACGCCAACACAACAAAGAAUAUCUUAGUGAACCUACGAAGCGAAAAAGUCAAACUCAAAGGAAUUGUCACUAAACUGGAAAAUCUCGGCCUAAUUCAAGAAGAACUGAAAGAAUGUUUAAGCCCGCAUGAUAUCAAAUCACUCCGACAUUCCCUCUGGAUUCUUUGGCAACAGCAACACGACCUCGAUGUUCAAUUGUCUGUUCUCAUCAAUGCCAUCGAAGAAAGACUGGCACUGCAAGCCGCAUUCUCAACCCGCUACGAAAGAAUCAUGAACUGGAUAGAAGAACUGGAAAAUAAGGCCUGUUCUGAUCCUGAUUCCGGUCUCUAUCAAAAUCCUGAGGAAAUGAUUCGUAGCUUAGAACGUGAUACUCAACUCGAAAUCAUGCUACGAGAAAAAGAACGGGAAUGGCUCCUGCUCACAGGACGUGAGUUACUCUCUUAUUACACUGGUGAUGCCACUGAAGGUAUUCGACAAAAUCUCCAAAUUUCACUGCACACUUUAGUUGAACGCUGGGAACGACUGAAAUAUCUUUAUAGCCAGCGAACCAUUAAAGUGGAAGAAGUUCGAAAUACUAUUUUCAAAUUAGAGGAGAGGAUAGCUGCGAUCAGGCAGUGGCUCUUUGAAAUGGAAAUACAAUUGUCAAAACCACUGGCCUUUGAAUCCUUAGAACCCGAAGCACUUAAGACUGCUAUCAAAGACCAUGAAAAGAUGCAGAGAUCUAUCGAGCAGCAAAGCAGUGAUAUCGGUGAAGUGCUGAACCUUUGCGAAAUGCUUCUUACUGAUGAUGAUGCUCGAAAGACAAAUUUGAACAUGUCCAGUAUUAAGAACGCAAUUGACAACCUGGAGAAACGAUGGAAGCGAGUCUGCAGUUCCUCUGUCGAACGAAAGAAGAACAUCACCAUCGUCUGGGACAUCUUGCAAUUAAUCAGAACUUCAGUCUCAGAAAAUUCUGAAUGGGUGAUCCAACAGGAAAACGCGGUGGAUGCCUUCGAAAAAGCUUUAGGCAGAACAACGAAAGACAAUGCUCAGCAACAUGUGAAAGAAGUAGAAAACCUUAUCCGCGAAAUUGAAUCCAAGGAGCCCAUAUUCAACGGUCUUAGACAGUCGUUUGCCAAAUUAGCGACAACUACCUUCUUAGAUCGUGAAACUACUGAAAGACUGAUUUCACCAGCAAAGGAAAUUGUCAUUCGCUGGCAAACCCUAGUAACCCGCGCCUACAAUAUAAUGGAAACACUCAGCAAGGACAUGCGAAUCUACUUAGAAUUCGUAAACAAUCGCGGUAAAAUCAUAUUUACUCUAACCCAAAUCGAUGCUAAGCUCACACAGCUACAGCAUCUGGCCUCACCUGACACUAGCCCAACAGAUGAAAAGAACAAAUUGGAUCAACUUCAAAAGGAACUACACGAAGUAGACAAAAUAAUCGAAAAGACAGACAAGCUUGGAGCUGAAGUCAAAAAGAAAGCGGCCAAUAAGGAUGAAAUCGAUGGAAUGAUCAAUGAAUAUCACAAUCUCUUCAAGGACAUUCAGUCGCGAAUAACUGCCAGCAAAAUUCAAAUAGAUGAAAGCAUUCAAGUGAAUACGCUUAAUAUGCAGCAAGUUUCGGCCGUUCAGGUCAACACCCUCGAUCAGCCGAAACUGAUCACAGCCAAGGAUGCCUACUUAAUGGAACUGACGAGUGCCGUCGAUGAGUGCCGGGACUCACUGAAUAAGUUGCAGACUCUAAUUAGGGAUGAAAAGAAACCGGUGUCUACGAAGGUGUCAAAGGCUGUAUCAAGCUGUCAAUCGUCCAUAGAUUUGAUCAAACAUUUGAGCACACUUUUGAUUGGAGAGUGUGGAUCUACCAGUGAAGAGGCCCUUUCAGAUAUAGUUUUAGAAUUGACCUUACUUUUUGCCACACUACAAACUCAAUGGAAGACCAAACAGCAACACAAUGCAAAUGUGAGCGAAGUCGGCAGUUUGACCUGCCCUCUCUGCACACAACGCAACUGGCACCAAAUUGACAACGACCUCUGGCGAUUGGAGCAAUGGCUUCAAUUCGCCGAAGGCAUCCAACAGUCUCAGGAAGCACCACCCAGUAACAUAGAGCUCCUGGAGGAUAUAAUUCAGGACCAUCGUGAAUUCCUCUUGGACUUGGAGAGUCAUAAGAACAUUGUCACAUCCCUGAAUGUCAUUGGUGAGCAUCUCACCACACACACUCUGGACACCGACAAAGCUAAAGAGCUCCGAGAUCGUCUUGAAUCCGACAAUAAUCGAUGGAAUACCGUUUGUAUAAACGCCGCAAAAAGACAAAGCCUUCUGCAAACUGCCUUAAUGGGCAAUGCAGAAUUCCAUCAAAUCAUCGAUGAAUUGGUUGCAUGGUUACAAAAGACUGAACAAACUAUCAAACUAUCGGAACCAUUGGAUUUGACAGAGCCCCGAUCAGCUUUGGAAACGAAAUUCAGGAAAUUCAAGGAACUUAGGGCCGAACUGGAAAGAUGUGAACCUCGGGUGGUGAGUUUGCAGGAUGCUGCUGAUCAAUUACUUAGAUCAGUUGAUGACUCGGAGGAAUGUGCGGAAACAUACAGAAGAACCCUUUUCAGACUAACGGAUCUACGACUAAGAUUACAAUCGCUAAGACGUUUAGCUGGAAUUUACAUUGUAAAAUUGGGAGCUGUACUUGGAUAUGAAGGUGAUAAUUUAGGCGUACCAUUGCAUGUACUUUCAGAUGAGCUUCUGGAGGAGCCUGAAUCCAGAGUGUUAUCUCCAAUCGGCGGAGCGUCAGCACAUAGUGUCGAUAAUGCAAAUGCCGAUUUCCAUGCCAACGAACAGAUCAACACAACAAUCCUUGCACGCAGCUAUCGAUUUUUAGGUCGAGUAGCGCGUGCAUCCUUGCCUAUCCAGGCUCUCCUUCUGUUACUUUUAGGUGUUGCCACACUAGUACCUCGAGGUGAAGACUAUUCUUGCCUGUUUUCGAAUACAUUCGCACGAAGUUUGGAACCGAUGCUAACAUAUCCAAAUGGUCCGCCUCCAACGUGAAACUAGCCAACAAACGAGAAGGACGAAAAAUGGAACUAUGAAAAGAAAACUACAAAAAACGAAGUGUCUUCUUUAUGAGAAGUCUUAAAAAUAAAAAAAAAUAAACAAGUGAUGUAAUGUGAUGUCAUUAAGAAUCCUCGGAAGUAUAGCAAACAAGGAGCAGCUUAAUAGUUAAUAUAAUAUGAAUUUAUAAUCAACAUUUUCAGUAUUUUUCAGUGUUUCCUUACAAAGUAUAUCAAUUACGAUUUUAUAUCAGACUGGUAGUGGGUUUUCUCAACUGUAUCAUACUACGAUAGCGCUUUAAACUGAAUAGGAUAAUCAUCAGACACUAUACAUAUAACUACAUGCUGUAUUUCGAAAUAAUUUUCACACCCCCAACGUCAUUUUAACACAAACUCACCGACACAAAAAAUUAUGCAAAUCAAAUUUUUUUAAGCAAAUCGCGACUAUUAAGAUAAAAGAUAAAAUGAAAAAAAAUCACGUGAGUUUUGUAGACCUGUAUUAAUAUUCCUUUCGAACAAAAAAUCGAACGGGGCAAAACAUAGCUUCUUGCCUUUCUAUAAGUUUUUUUUUUGUUAAAGCUGUAAGUUAUCUUUUGUUACUCGAUAAAAAGAACAUUUUUAUACGCGUCGAAGUACUCUGAAAAUAUGUUUUUGUGUACUGUUAUGAGAUAUGAGCGUAAACGUAAGCUCUAAUGUUGUUAACAUCUUCUGUUUAUAUACAUAUAUCUGUUUUCACAAUUAGUCAUUUAAUUAUGUUCGAUUAGUUAACCGCAAUAAAAUAUCUAUAAAAAUCAGUUAAA